AUGCUUAGUUUACUUGUCACCUUGUGGCAUGCUCGCAUCCAACUACAACCGGCGCAACAUCGCAAGUACCUUCCAUACGUGUCGAAGCAAAGACUAACCUCGGGCAUUUUAGAAUCUAUAGAAUACACUUACGCUGGUGACGACUACCCAUGGGAAUAUCCCAUCGAUCUCACGCAUGAACCCGUCGCGAUGACUCUUCACGAGAGCGUACGCUUUGCUCUCAACGCAUCUGAUACAGAAGCUCAAAUGGAAUGGGAGGGUCUCCCAAGCUGGCCCAAACUGAUUGGUCGCACCCAUCUAGGACCAGAGCACAGAGUUUUCGUGCUGAUCUUUGGUCAUCAGCUUCACUGUUUGUGGAUGCUGCAGCGAGCUCUUCUUGACUAUGACCGUGACCAACCCCAGGUCACGUAUCAUCACGUACAUCACUGUCUCAAUUAUCUUCGACAGACUCUUAUGUGCGACGCUGCGCAUACGCUGGAAAUGGGAGACUUUAUGAAAGUCGAUUACGAGAAGGACAGAAUUGGGGACACGUUGGUAUGCAGAGACUGGAGUAAGGUAAUUUCUGUACUUGAUGAGCAGCAUGAGCAGUGGUUGCAGUGGAGGGCGCAUUGGGAUUAA